AUGUCUUACGGCGGUAACGACGACUCCAACUACGGUUCCUCCCGCAGGGACAACGAGGACAGUUACGGCACCUCAGGAACCACCGGCGGCUUCGGCUCCUCCACCCGCGACAAUGAGGACUCGUACGGCUCCUCGCGCCGUGACAACGACAAUGACAACAGCUACGGCUCCUCCACCCGCCGCGACAAUGACGACUCGUACGGCUCCUCCAACACGGGCCGCAGCGGCAACGACUCGAGCUAUGGCUCGUCGACCCGUCGCGACAACGACACCUCGGACAGCUACGGCUCCUCGGGUCUGAGCUCGUCGCGCAGGGACAACGAUACCUCGGACUCGUACGGCUCCUCUCGCCGUGACAACGACAAUGACAACAGCUACGGCUCCUCCCGCAAGUCGGACAACGACACCUACGGCUCUGGCAACAAGACCUCGUCCUACGGAGACGACUCAACCUCCUCCAACCUCGCUGGCGCCGACUCCCUCUCGUACGGCAACACCAGCUCUAGCCGCCGCGACAACGACAACUCGGAUAGCUACGGCUCCUCCGGUAACACAGGCUCCUACGGCUCUUCCCGCAAGGACAACGACAACGACGACAGCUACGGAUCGUCAGGCAACACCACCGGAUCCUACGGCUCCUCCCGUAAGGACAAUGACACCUCCGACAGCUACGGUUCAUCCGGCAACACUGGAUCCUACGGAUCCUCCCGCAGGGACAACGACAACGACAACGACAACAGCUACGGAUCGUCUGGCAACACGGGAUCCUACGGCAGCAGCGGCAGGGACAACGACACCUCUGACUCGUACGGCAGCAACAACAAGAGCGGCGACAGCAAGGUCGGCAAGUUCCUCGAGAAGGCGGGCGACUUACUCAACAGCGACAAGCUCGAGUCCAAGGGCCAGUCGAAGCGGGAGAAUGCCGGGUACGGGAACAACAACGAUGACUACUAG